GUUGCUCCGGACCUUGCUCGCUACUCCGGAGGCGCGCUGCCCGCUCCCUUGCCCGCGGCUCUGUUCUCUCUUCCCGAAGCCUCGGCCUCUGUCCUGACCCCGCCCUCUCCAAGGGAAAGUUAGUCGAAAGCGCUGCCUAGGAUGCAAAGUCCACCGCAGCAUGGCAGCCAGGCGUGCCCGGCAGCUGGGUACGGCCGGCGCCCCCCUUUUCUUAGGGGGCUGUCGGUGCAGCCAUUCGGGAACGAGGGUCUCCCUGAAACGCGAAUACGACGCCAUCGUGAUCGGAGCAGGACACAACGGACUGGUGGCUGCUGCCUACCUGCAGAAGGGAGGGUUAAAAACAGCUGUGCUGGAGAGAAGACAUUUGGUGGGGGGCGCUGCAGUCACUGAAGAGAUUAUCCCAGGUUUUCGCUUUUCUAGAGCUUCCUAUUUACUCAGCCUGCUGAGACCCCAGAUCUAUUCAGAGUUGGAACUGAAGAGGCAUGGCUUAAGAGUACUCCUGCGUGACCCUUAUUCCUUCACCCCACUGUUGGAGGAUAGUCAGGGUGGAAGACCCCCCCGCUCACUGCUGUUGGGGCACAACACGGCUGAAACGCAGUCCCAGAUCACUCAGUUCUCUGUGAAGGAUGCCCAGGCCUUUCCCAAGUAUGAAGCAUUCAUGAGCCGCUUGGUGUCCGCCAUAGACCCUUUGCUAGACACCUGUCCUGUGGACAUGGCCAUGUUCAGUCAGGGCUCUCUGCUGCAGCGUCUGAGGGCCCUGCGAGGCGUGCAGAUCCUGUUUCGUGCGGGCCUUGCUCUGGGGAAACAGCUUCCCCAGUAUUAUCAGGUCCUCACAGCCCCCAUUUCCAAGAUCUUGGAUCUCUGGUUUGAGUCGGAGCCGCUGAAAGCAACGCUGGCUACAGAUGCCUUGAUUGGUGCCAUGGCUGGUCCCCAUACACCAGGCAGCGGGUAUGUGUUGCUGCACCAUGUCAUGGGUGCCCUGGAAGGGCGCCAGGGGGCCUGGGGCUAUGUGACUGGUGGCAUGGGGGAGCUCUCCCAAGCCUUGGCUCGUGCUGCUACCAUGCUUGGGGCUGAAAUCUUCACGAAGAAGACGGUUGCCAAGAUUCUUCUAAGCUCUGAUGGGAAGGUGCAAGGUGUCAGCCUCCAGGAUGGGACUGAAGUGAAGAGCCACAUGGUGCUAUCCAAUGCGUCUCCACAGCUCACCUUCCUGGAAUUGACCCCAAAGGAGCAACUGCCAUCGGAGUUUGUGCAGAGACUCUCACAAUUUGAUACACGCUCUCCGGUCACCAAGAUCAACGUGGCUGUGGAUCGACUGCCCAAUUUCCUUGCAGCUCCGAAUACCAGCAGUGGGUGCCCUUUGCCCCAUCAUCAGUGCUCCAUCCACCUGAACUGUGAAGACAUGCACACGCUUCACCUGGCCUUUGAGGAUGCCUGUCACGGAAGGCCUUCUAGCAGGCCUAUGAUUGAACUGUGCAUCCCAUCUGCCCUGGACCCCACACUGGCUCCCCCUGGCUGCCACGUGGUCUCUCUUUUCACUCAGUACACUCCUUACACACUGGCUGGAGAGAAGCAAUGGGAUAAUGAAGAGCGUGAGGCCUAUGCUGACCAAGUGUUUGAUUGUGUCGAGGCCUAUGCACCUGGGUUCAAAGCCUCCGUCAUCGGUAGGGAUAUUCUAACACCUCCAGAUCUUGAACGGAUCUUUGGCUUACCUGGUGGGAAUAUUUUUCACGGGGCCAUGUCUUUGGACCAGCUGUAUUUUGCCCGGCCCGUGCCCUCCUACACCAGCUACCGGUCUCCAGUUCAAGGCCUGUACCUCUGUGGGAGUGGCGCUCAUCCUGGAGGAGGUGUAAUGGGAGCUGUGGGCUGCAAUGCUGCUAGAACAGCUCUGGAGGAUUUUAAGAAACGGUGACUUGGUCAGGGCACUUGGGCUGCCCUGGCUCAGAAGAUUGGACCAGCCGGCAGUCGAGCAACCAGAAGCAACUCUGCUGAGGGGUUUCUCUAGACCUUGCCGUCCUCAAGCACCACGCUCCUGGGAAUCUACUGCAGCGGAUCAUGAGAUGGACAGUGCCCCUGCAGCAGGCACAUGCAUGCCACUAGCCCAUUAGUUGCAGGCUGGUUGCUGGCUGACGACCUCCUCCCACCGUGCUUCUGUUUAGCCAGGAGUUGUGCUUUCUUCGAAAGGUUCUGGUGUUCAUUCUGCUUGAUGAGUUCCUCCUAGGCCAUUUUGAGAGAUGGAUCCUGUUGUUCCCACACAAGAAGAGGCACUAUUUAGAGUCAUGGUCUGUGUGGGCUGCAAGGAAACAGCGUUCCCUUGGGCAGGGUGGGCCAGCGUUUUUGACAGUACCAUGCUACGCAGAGUUAAGACCUUCUGAGGCCACUGACUUUGAUGGGUUUAAAUGGGUGGCACUAUUUCAGAUCGCACAGUUACACUCUCUGAGUUUCGUUGUUUCAUCAGGUGGCCCUUAGCAUUAGUGUGCCUUCCAAAAAGGCACAGUGUGCAGUACAAUUCUAAGCAGAAUUGCACCUUUCUUUGUCAAUUGACAUCAAUAGGCUUAGAAGGGUGUAACUCUCCUCAAAAUUGCAUUGUUAAGUGCUGAACUUAAAGGAACUAUUUACUGUUUUCUGUUCCUUAAUGUGUUAAAACCUGGGCAUUGUGCAGCUCUGGGCUCCAAACAUGUCACCCUCCUCCCCUAAUGACUCGGAGGCCAGAUGCCUGGUCUCCUGAUGUCAGGAAAGUGAGGAACAGAUCCAAGCUACACUCCCAUCUUAACCAAAGGACAGGGACAGUCUGCUAGUGCUCAGUAUCACCUGACCUUUUGCUCCGUAGCCAAAGUCUGUUCAUGCCUCGCUGAGUCUCUUUCCGAAGGGCCGUAUUUCUCACUCGCAAAGAACAGCUGCUUGCAAACAUCUCUCUGUGUUCUGGCUGCAAAUCCCAGCUGGGCAGUGGCCAGAAGUCAGCUGACCUCUCUGGCAGGAACCAAUCUGUUCACAAAUCACUUAAGCCAGUGCACUUGGCUUUAAUCCAGUUCAAUUCCGCUGAAAACCUUUUGAAUAAAUCAGCUUAAAUCUAAAUACUCCAGUUUAAUUAGUGCAUGGACUGCUGCCAAAGUGUGUUGACACAGUAAGGGAAAAAAAUCGAUAACUUACCUUCCUCCCGAGCAAUGAUGGAUUGAUUUCAUGUGCAGGAAUGAUUGAAAAAUCAUUACCAGUUGUCCAUUUAGAAAAUGUGUAUUCAAAGAUUAAAGAGCCUUUAAAAAAGAAAGAAAACUUGAUCUUUUAUAAUAAUAUCACUCAUCUUUGUAGGGAUGUAUCAACCAAGGGCAAGCAAAAAAGGCAAAGCUGAAACACACAGCUGGAUUGUUGGCUGUCUGCAGGUGCUCUUUCCUAAGGUACUGCUGUCAAGCAACUUCCAUUCAUUUCAAUGAAGGUGGUUUGGAAACCAGUCACAAAAUGACAUUGAAAUGAAUAGAGGUUGUGAAGCAGCUAUAGGUGGGCUUUUCUGGGGAGGACAGUGGAAGUCCAUCAAUUAGUGCUGACAAACUUGUUUGUGUAUGUAAAAUCUAUACAAUUGCUGAUGCAUAUUAAACAUUUUACAUGAUGAAA